AUGACUAAUACAACCGCAAAAGGUGGCUCGGCGAAAGCCAACAAAAAAGUGGUUCAGAAACAAAAAUAUAUAAUUGACGCUUCGGGCCCCUCCCGAGACAAAAUUUUUGACUCUUCGGCUUUUGAAAAAUUUCUUCAUGAUAGAGUAAAAAUUAAUGGUCGUGUGGGCCAAUUAGGAGAGGUUGUUACUAUAUCUCGCAGCGAUGAUCACAAGAUUACAGUUACCACCAAUAGUCAUGUUUUUUCUAAACGAUAUAUGAAAUAUCUUACCAAGAAAUUCAUGAAAAAGCAUCGUAUUCGAGAUUGGUUACGUGUAGUUGCUACAGAUCCGUCAAAUCCUUUAUCUUUUGAUAAUUCAAUCCUUGAUGACCCUGAUAGGAUUACCGAAAAAGUUCGAAAAGAAUCGAAAAACGUAUACAAUAGAUUAAAAUCAAUCGCCGAAGAUGCCUGCUUUGUUAAUGAAAUAUCGGACUUGAUACCAUACUUACCCGUCAUAGCAAAUGAGAGGUGUGGUACCUGGUAUGUUGAUCCAGAAAAAUUCUGUCCACAAACGGUCUAUUUCAAAUCCACCGAUGGUCAUACCGGAAAAUGGGCGUUCAACCUACGCAGGUUAAACGCUCAUCUCUUUAAUAUCAUCGCAAAACAUGGUGGAUGUAUAAUAGUGGAUUCGACACGCAGUGGAAAAAGGAUUCCCGAUUCUCAAUCAAAGACGAUACCAAUUUGGUGUUGUACCAUCAAUAACGCGAUCAAGAAAUUUCGGGAUUCUGUUACAUCCGAUGAGGAUAUAUCGGAAUCAGAAUGGGACACGGAAUUUCAUUCACUUCCAUCAUUAAUCUCAAAAUCCGAACAUGAUCAAAUCGUUUCGUUAAUACCACAAUUCACCCAAAAUCUUCUCAAUUCCGGUUUUGACAUGAGAUUACUUUCAAACAAGUUAAGAAAACCCCUUCGACCACUUUGGUUUACCCCAUCAUCACAUUUAUUUGUACACGGUUUACCAGAUUACACCAAAAUGUCAUUUCAUCCCGUAAUCAGUUUAUGCGCGUCACAAAUGGUUAAAUCUGGAGUCGAAAGAAGGAAAGGAUUUCUUUACGUACAAGGGUCAGCCGAUGAUCAUGAAAUGUGGGCGAGGGGAUUGACUUCUGCUUUGUUUUGGAAAUAUCAUAAGGAAAUCUUGAAUGAAAAUAAUUCUGUUAAAUGUGAAAAAAUCGUUUUGGGCAUUAUCCAACAAGAAAGGAUUGCAAAUUCCGAAUUAUUAAAAUCAAAUCAUUCGGACCUCUCAAAUGAUCCGUUUAAUUUUAUAGGAAACACAAAUAUCGCAAUUGGAAACUUUAAAAGUGCAUUUCCACCUGAAUGCUGGAAGAAUUUCGAUUGCAUCAUAAACUGUACACCUGAAUCAUACACCUCUAAUGAAGCGUCACCAAAUUAUUUACAAUUACCAAUACCUGAAGGAAAGAAAGGACAAACCAUUUUUUAUUCAAGCAUUUCUAUUGCCUUAGAAUUUAUUAGAGAAUCAUUGGAAGAAAAAAAGAAAAUUUUGAUUCAUUGUAAACAGGGUAUUGAUAGAAGUUGUGGAAUUGCAUUGGCCGUUUUGAUAAAAUAUUUUGAUGACCAAGGAAAUUUUAUUAGGAAUGGAAUAGACCAUCAAAACAUUACUAAAGAACUUGUUCAAAAUAAACUUUUAUAUAUUACAUCUUUUAGAGUAAAGGCGAAUCCGACGAGAGCAACAUUGAAAAAGAUUAAUACGUAUUUUAUGAGUUAG